UCUCUCCCCCUCUCAAACUACUGUUACAGAAGCAUAGGAAAGACAGCAAGGAAGAUAAAAAGGACAAAAAGAAUGUCCACACCAUGGACGCUGACAAGGUUUGUUAGAUGGAGAGUAAGGGAUUGGGCUUCAUGUUUCUUGGCUUGCCGGUUCCCUUUAGAAGAAGAAACAGAGACACAUCGCUCUUCAUCGCCUCAACUGCCAAUCAGAAACAUGGUUUUCGAAACCAAGGAACACACCGGAGAUAAGAAGAGUAACAAAAGACUGUCACGGCAAAACAGAUGCACCAAGGAUAGACAGCUAAACCUGAGUCCAGCAGUGCCUAGGAAUACUGCUUCAGUAGAAAAUGGGAGUGACAACUCAAGCUGGGCACGUUUUUCUGAUGAAGAAUAUAUAGUCUUCUGCUUUAGAGAAGAUGGAGCCUUUGAUAUUGUGAAGGAUAGCAAAUCAGAAGAUUCCAAUCACUCCAGUAGAAGUUCAUGGCCUGUUAAUCGAAAGCUUAAUUAUGCUGAGGAAGCAGAAAGAGAUAAGCAAAGCAGCGAUGAGGGAAGAUCAAAUGAAGAUGGAAAUGAGGAAGAGAUCAUUCCUGCUAUAGAGGGUGACGGAGAAGGGAGCAGCAUCUGCUUGGAGGUAGAGUUAGCUUCAGGUGGCAUAAGGAGAAGACAUUACCAGGUAGAGGAGACACCUAACCGCGGGAUGGUUUCUGUUGAAUCAAGUGACUCUAACCAAUCUGAUGGCAGCACGGGAUCAUUUGCCUUUCCUGUGCUGGGAUGGGAGUGGAUGGGAAGUCCAGUGCAAAUGCCGAAAUCUGAUGGCAGGAACCCAAGGAAGAACAAGGCCCUCUCAGUGCGUUUUCAAUGUUUCAGAUUCUGAUUGUCCUUGUGUCUUGUCUCAAUCUAUGAAGAUAGUAGCCAUGUUUAUCAUUCUUUUAAUAAUAACUACAUCUGAUCUAGCGUUAUAACACCCUUCCUCUCCCUCCCCCUUCCCGCUGGUUUUGCUCCAACAAGUAAUUCUCUCGUGUCUACGUCCUUCCGCCAUCUUGGUGUUUCCUUUUGCAUACUAUUUUUUAUUACGCAAUGAGAAGUAACCUGAAACAAACUUAUAAAAUCAAGACUCGAAUUCUAAGGGCUAGGACACAGAAUUGGUGUUUUUCACUCAAUUAGAUGCCUAUUUGAACAGGCCUUUUGGUCUACUUGAGCCGGUUCCUUGUAAGACCUGGGUUCAAAAUAAAGAAAUUGAUGUUCUUUCCUUGCUACUUUUCAUCCGGGUUAACAAAAAUUGGUGGGGGUGGCUUGACAACUUUCGAUUGAGGCACUUGAAAAUCAAAAUGAACAUCCCAAGUUCUGAUCCUCCUCCCAAGUGCAAACAAAACCUUUCUGCAAGUAGACGGGUGAGAGAAAUAUGAAGAUUUAAGUUAUGCCAGAA